UGCGCGGCCUCAAGCCACAAGUCAUUGAAUAACUCAUUUACUUAGUGUUUAGCGUGUUUAGUGCAAUUUAGUGGACGUGACGUCAGGCACAGGCCAACGGGAAGCUUAAUUCAAUAAUAUUCGUUACCGAAUCUGAAGCAAUCAUCGAAGGCGAUUAGAGAUUGUCUGGAGACAACGGAAGUGUUUGUGCUCAUGCGCGGUGAUGGUUUCCGCAAACUACAAGACUCGACAAGACAUAUGGCUGUUCGGUGCUUCUGUAAAUUAGGUCUGCUCGAUAGAAAUAGACACGUAAUUACGUUACAUUAGUCGAUACGUCAGCAAGCAUACCGUAUAAUGUCUGAAGUAGAUCAUCAGUCGGCUUAAGCUUACACUGCUUGCAACUGAACAAGAAACACGCCGAUUGCAACAAACUGCUUAAGAAGGUGGACCACGCACCGCAGUUAUGGGCCCCUAAAGUCCUGAACACCAUGAGCUACGGACGAAUGCUGGUCACGGCGUCCUCGGGCGUCCUGCAGUCCACCCCGAUGGUGUUCCCAAUGCCCAACACCUCGUCGACUUCGGCGCCGGUGUCGGACCUCGUGAGCUUCACCGCGACGGAGAAUUCGCGACGCUUCUCUGUGAGCAGUCUGCUGGAAUUGGAGGAGCUUACCCCCGCGGGGGCCAAGCGCGGCCUCGACACGGACAGAAGUGAAGAAGAGGACUACGUUCUGGAGGGCGAUGAACGCGGCAGGAAGAAGCCCCGUCGGAACAGAACUACGUUCACAACGGGCCAGCUCACCGCACUGGAGAGAGUGUUCGAAAGAACACACUACCCCGACGCCUUCGUCAGGGAGGAGCUGGCUAGGCGUGUCAACCUAAGUGAGGCUCGAGUUCAGGUCUGGUUCCAGAACAGAAGGGCGAAGUUUCGCCGCAACGAGCGAAGUGUCUUGGCGCAGAGGAGCGUGCUCUACGGCCGGGAGGCACCGGCUGCACUGGCCGGUGGUCCCAGUUCGGUGGAACAGCCUCUAGCACCGAGACCCACAGCGGUCCUGCCACCAGGCACGUCUCAGCCUGACUACCUGAGCUAUGACCCAUCGUGGAAGACAACUCCUCCAGGUUGCCCUCAAUACGCAAUGCUUCCUAGCACACCAGCACUCGGCAACCUUCCAGUGGCUACGCCGUCCUGUGCCUUUAUGUCUUCCACAGGUGUUUCGUCACCCUACAACGCUUCCACUUUGCCUGUAUCACACCAGUCCUCAACCGUGGGGACCGGAUAUAGCGUCAGUACCAGUAUUGCCAACCUUCGCUUCAGAGCGCAUGAAUAUUCUCUACAUCCGUCACAAUUAUAGUGAACAGAAGGACAGAAUAGCAAACAUGGCGGAAGAAUAUUGCCAACCUGUUAAAAUGGGUACUAUCCAGAGAAGCCCACAAAAUGUAUGCACACUUCAUUGUACAAAAAUAUCUGCUUAGAAAAUGUAUUGCUAACCCUGUCUUGCCAUUCAAUAUGGUGGAUCUGAAAUUCAUGUGACUAGCACCAUCUUCCGAGAUUAAAAUCGGGUAAUGUUUUGCUAUCAUUCAGUCCAGAAAUUUUGUCGUCUAGUCUGUUGUCUAAAAACGUAAAAAAUAGAAUA